AUGUCGUCAAUAACUCCAGUGCUUGAGAAGGCUUCUAAAGCUGUAUGGGAGUUGAUUCUGGAUGACAAGGGACUGGGGAAGGAAAUAAGCGAAACAGUUGAAAGGGUUUACUGUCGAUUAAGUGGCCAAGAACCUCCAUUGCUUCUUCCAAAUACUGAUGCACAGUCCCAGAUGGAGGAGGAGAAAGAUAAUUCAGAUUCUUCAUCGAAGUCAAAGAAAAGGAGCUAUAGUGAGAUGAGUAUACAAGGACGAGAAAAUGAAAUUGUGGAUGGAUCUGGGAACUCUCCUUCACUACCAGAAGGUUCUGGUGUAGUGCCACCUUCUAAUGUGCAAACAUGAUUCAUGCUCUAUCCUUGACCAAGUAUGUGGGAAUUAAGUCUUAUUGAGGCAUUAGGAUUAGGGAACCUUUAUAGUGGUGUUGAAGUGGUGAAUAUGGAAGCCUCAUUUCUGUCUAAAUUUACUGAAAUUUAUUCCCCUUAUUGCUCAUCAUUUGUACAAUUAUCGCCUAAACUAAGCCCUUGGCUUGGCAAAUUAAAGCUAAUGAACAUAUAUAUUGCCUUUACAUGGA